AUGAUACUCGAACCGAAGGACUUCCCGCAGAUGUGGCAAAAGCCGUCAAGUGAUGACUUACUCAGCACACUGAAGCAACUGGAACUUAGCCCUCCGGUAUGGAGUCACAAGCGCAGGCGAUCUGAUAUCAUUCAUGAACAAGAGGCCACGGCGUAUUUCCGGCGCGAAGUAACGAUGUACCUAUCGUCCAUCAUCAAGAGCGGCCUCUCCUGGAUUGAGGACGAUGACAAGAAGGAGGAAGUCUGGUCAGAGGCUAGCCGCAGGAUGACGGAACGAUGUGGAAGAACCGCCAUGGGCGAGAUUACUCGGCGAUGGCCCUUUAGAGAAGAGGACCUCACGCCGACCUUUGAGCUCAUCAUCCGGGAGCCGCCCCUGACCGGCGACUCACUUGGUCUCAAGACCUGGGGGUCUUCUUACGUUCUCGCCAAGCACUUGCCAUCUAUUGGUUCGACAGCUCUCUUCCGGCUCUUUGACGAAUCUCUGGGCGAGCCGCGGCCAUCUAUCUUGGAAUUAGGUUCUGGCACAGGCCUACUUGGACUUGCGGCGGCAGCUCUGUGGAAGGCUCAUGUAAUUCUCAGCGACUUGCCAGACAUCAUGUCGAAUCUUUGCCAUAACGUCGAGGCCAACCGUGCCACGGUGGAGAAGCUGGGAGGUUCAUUGAACGCUGGUGCACUUACUUGGGGUGGCUCAGGGGAUGAGGAAGUUGAUCAAGAUCUCUUUGGCAAACGAAACCAGUUCAAGGUUGUCCUCGCUGCUGACCCCCUUUACGACGACUGUCAUCCAGGGCUUCUGGCAGGUGCUUUUUCUGAGCAGUUAUCAAUUGCAGACGAUGCUCGCGCAGUUGUAAUGGUCCCGCUACGAGACGAAACCACCAAAAAGCUUCUCAAGGCUUUCCGAGAUGCUAUGGGAAGCCAGGAAAACCCUCUACUAUGCAUUGAGGAAGGAACACUCGAUGGCCAGGAUGACUGGGGUGAAGACAAGGAGGGCACCGACGUGACUUGUUGGUGCAACCAACUUCACCGUCCGUCCCAACCCGUUGCCGUGCCGCGUGUCCAGCUCACGGGAGGCUCCUUCCCCCAGGAGAACCUCCUUCCAUCUUCUAUGAUGGUUGGUCAAAUCACCUAUACUGAGGAAGAAAUUAUCUUCAUUCUCCAUCACAGCCUCGUCAAGGACAAGGAUCAUAAGGACACCUUGCGCGAGUACGAACAGCGAUUCAGCAAGACUCUCACCAUGGCUCAAUUGAAAUACGUCAGAGCCAAAUAUGGCCAUGAUCCUGAAUUCGGCACGGCAAUGAUCAAUGGACAGGUCCCGGACAAUGGCGGUAAUAGAAAGACUGCUGUUCCAUCCCCAUGGCAGGAAGCAAUGGUUGCACCCAUCCAGUGCGAAAACGAUCAAAACAAUCAAAACGAUCAAUCCUUCACAUCUUCUACGAAUGAGGAUGAUUCAGUCUCUGAGGAUCACAUGCUGCAGGUCCUGGCAAGCUAUGUAUACAAUUCUCCCUCAGAGGCUCCCGGGAAGCUGGCUUUGUCCUCCGACGAGGUACAGCAGGAUGAGCAGGCGCGCAUCGACGCAGAGGAGUAUGCUGCUGCACACGAAAAGAUUCUGCAGGUGUUCGAGGAGAAUCCCGACCGCCCGUAUGGUGUACAGCCUGUUCAGCAGCACUACGAGCAAAUGCUCUUCCCUUCUACAGUGCAGAAGCGAAAGCGGGAUGAGCUUGAGGAAGCGGGUGAUGGAUCGAUCACAGCCCCGGAUUCAGGCUUAUCUCCUCCAGUGCUUGAAGGACCUCAAGAGAGCUUUCCGAAGCGUUUGAAGACCCAGCCGCAGGAGACAUACUCCCAGGAGCUCCCUGCUCAGUAUAUAUCCCCGAUGCCAAACAACAACGCACCCCAGACGACCGGACAUGAUGAUGAAGCGUUGAACCUACUCAAUGUCAAUCUUUCCGAAGUCCCUGUAACCCCCGAGAAUCUGAGAAUGGGCACAGAUCAUGUGCAUGCGGAGAGAGACCCCAGUUUGUCACCCCUGACAAAGCUUCUCAAUAGCAUCGACAAUGAAUAUCCUCAAGGACCAACAACUGACAGCUCGUUUUCCGCACAGCUCGAUCGCCCGAUGGACCCAUCUGGCUAUAGCACCGUCAACUUCGAGAAUGCUAUGUUCCAAGAACCAGAUCCAUCAGCUGCUCCCACGUGGACAGGGGCAGACCCAACGAUGUUAUCUGCGAGCCCCAGCCUCAACUUCUUCCAGUCCACGCAAUUUGCGCCAUGGGAAGCACCCUACAACGAGGAAGAGAGCAACUUCUGGGGUAACCAAUCAGGCACCUGGCAGGGUGUGACUGGUUAUAAUACCGCACUGGGAUUCAACUUAGAUCUGCUCGUUCCACAGUAUACCCAAACUUCUGCACCUUAUGCAUAUGUUGAGUUGAUGGCCAGUGGCAGCGGAACAUACCAAGAUUCCGGAGCCUUAAUUUCUGCGCAGCAACAAAUCGAAGGCCAGAACGUCGCUAGCUUCUCUGGCGGCAUCAGCGUCGACUGGAACAACGUGAGCAAUGCCGAGUGGGAAGAACUGUUCAUGUACAGUGCAGAGCCACAGGGCCAUGCCGACUAUUCUCAGCAGUUCUUUGGUCCUCUCGAGUAG